AUGGAUCACCAAGGGACCGUAGCAGCCAUGGCGACUUCCCCAGCAAGCAGGCCGCAAAGCGUUCCCCUCAAGAGAAACGCCACCCACUCAAACGCCCAAGCGAGACCACAGACCCUCAAAAAGAUCAAACGAGCACGGAGAGACGACCGCCGAAGCACAGCUGCCUUUGCACCCACCCUCUCCAGUCCUCCUUACCGACAAGCAAACACGACUCUCGCUUUUCCUCCGCACCUCUCGACUCCUCUCCCUCCCUUCCAGCCCUCGCUUCCUCCUCCGCUUUGGACGGCCGCUCAGCCGCCUGGGUAUUCGUGGGCGGCGAUGUCUCCCGUUCACCAUAAUCACAUGCUCUACAAUCACUAUCUCCAGGGAUUCCAACUUCCGGCGUUUCAGAACGGCUCCUGGGCGAUUCCGUCGGCGCUUCCUGCGCUGUCGCCAAUGCCGCUGCGCCAAGAGGGCGCCGACUCAGCAGCAGCCGACGCGAAGGCGGAAAUGGCACGUGUCGAUUCGUCGACGCACAUUGACAGCCUCGUAGCGCAGUACUCGUUCGCGCAAGCUGGUGCAGCCGCCGCCGCCGCCGCCGCCGCCGCCGCUUGCGCUAGUGGCCCGGUUUCACCCUCCCAGCUCGUCUCGCCGCGUACGAGCUGGCCGCACUUUGCGGCGUGCCCCCCGUUCAUGGGGCCCAUAGGACACCUAGCAUGCGCGCCUGGUUUCGGAACAAUUCGAUCCCCAAAACCGGCUGAAGGAAGCGCCUCGGCCGGCGGAAGCCCUUCGCUGUCGAGUCACCUGCCGUCGUUGCUCGAGUCGCCUUUGCAGAGCGAGGUUCUGCCGGCUGAAUCCGACGGCGAGAGCUGCUGCAAGAUUGAGUUGCCGACGGAGCAAAUGGACGGAGAGGCAGAGACCGAAGCGGACGAAUCGCGAAGGCUUCUUUUCCCCUCAGAGCAAGCAGCAGCGGACGGCGGGGCGGACGAGGCGGAGAAGGCGGAGCAGGAUUUGUUCGUGACUAAGGGGACUCGUGCCAUGCAGCUGUGGCUGGAGGGCGGGGCAGAGGGGGACGUGCAGGGUAUGGGCCCGUUUGAUUGGCUGGAUGAGCCCUCAGGCGCGGAGGAGGCAACGGGACUUCCGCACUGGGUGCUGGCGGAGCUGGGGGAAGGCGGCGCGGGGAAGAAAUUGGGGGAGGCGGUGGAGGAGGAGGUUUACCGUGUGCUGUUCCGUGCUGACUCUAUGGAGAGUGCCACAGACGAGCACGUCAACAGCGCCGCAACAACUCUAAAAAGCGAGCAGCAUGUUACGACUCCUCUGUAUGAGACCCCUUUACAGGCACACGGGCAUAAAGAAGAGCAGUAUGAGGAUGAAUCUACCCCCACGGGAACGCCUGAUAUGCCUGCUGUAACUGAUACGCCUGCAGGAGAGGAGCAGGGAUCAAAUCCUGACUCCAGCGCAGGCAGUACAGAUUUCGGGAUUACGAGCAUUGGAGAUUUGGUGUUGGCAGGGCUUGUUGACAAGCCAAGUGCGCAGGAGCUUUGUCAAGGCACGCCGUGUACGAGGCACAUUCAAUACUGCAUGAACAAGGUCAAACUCCUAAGAGACAAUGGCGUCAUUCCCGUGCUCGUCUUUGACGGCGGAAAGCUUCCCUCAAAAUCCCAGCAAGAAUCUAAACGAGACAAAUCAAGGAGGGAGAACCUUGAACGAGCGGAGCAGCUGCUGCUGAAGGGAAAACGUACCGAAGCAAGGGAGUGCUUUCAGAAGGCUGUUGACAUCACACCUGCCAUUGCUCACCAGCUAAUCAAGGUGCUGAGGCAGGAGCACGUGGAGUACGUGGUGGCACCAUACGAAGCCGACGCACAGAUGGCGUACCUCUGCACAACCGGCCUCGUGCACGCAGUCAUAACAGAGGACUCCGAUCUCAUCGCCUACUCCUGCCCGCGGGUCCUCUUCAAGAUGGACAAGAUGGGGCAUGGUGACGAGAUCGUAUACUCCAACAUAGGCCAAUCACAGGAGCUCGCCCUGGCCGAUUUCACCCCACAGAUGGUCCUUGAGAUGUGCAUCCUCAGCGGCUGCGACUACCUCGACAGCCUGCCCAAAGUCGGCCUCAAAACAGCCCACGACUGGAUCCGAAGGCACAGGAACUAUCAGUCAGCGCUGGCUGUAGCGAAGCUGAAUGGGCGGGUGGUGCCGGAGGAGUAUGAGGGCGCGUUUGAGCAGGCGCUGCUGACGUUCCUGCACCACCGCGUGUACCAUCUGGCUGAUGAGCUCAUGACUCAUGUCAACCCGUUGCCGCCCACGCUUGGACCGGACACGGAUCUGUCGUUUCUUGGACCAUAUCCUCCUCAGCGUGCUUCCUGCCUGUCCUCACUUACUCCCAUUCUUGCCCUGCCUGGCAGUGGUGGGCUGGGGAGAUCGCCAAUGCAGCUGCCAGUGCAGAAGAACAAGCUGUCUAAAUACUUUCUCCCCACGGCUCCGGCUGCCAAGAAACAGUUCCAACCACCGCGAAGGUCGCCUGUAACGCCCCCGGUCCAGUCAGCCUUCGAGCCGUCUCGUCCUGAAUCUGCUGCCGAGCCUGGCCCCGCUGGCUCGGCGAAGAAGCCACGUGACGGCAGCAGCGGAGGGGGUGGGCGGUCUGUGAGGUCAUCAGCUGCGGGGCAGGGGUCUGCAGGGCUCACAGCCGGUGAAGGCUUGGUGGCAGCAGGGGAUGGCAUUUAUGAGCCGGUGGUGGGGGAAGACUUGGUGCAGUUUAUGGCAGGGACGGUUCUUGAGGAGCAGCAGCAGCAGCCAAUUGCACCUGGGCCAAGAGCAGCUGUUGCCCGUGUGUUCCAACGAUUCACUCCGCCCCGCUCCAUUGCCGAAGCUGGGACCACUCCCGAACCACCAUUGCAGCGUCGUCAACCGUACAAGCGAGCAGCAACACGUGCUAAAGGCGAUAGGCAAGAGAACACGCCAACUGAGUGGGAACAGUUUGUGUUCCGGGGUAAUGAACGAGCCCAAACCGAAGGGGAGGAGGAGACAGCAGAGGAUGGAAAUGAGCAAUCGGAGGGUGUGUUGAGAAGGGAUCGGGAUUUGGACGGGGAGCGGGACUUGGGCGCGGACCUUGAUGCGGAUUUGGAUGAGCUGCUGCUGCCUCCUGCAUUUGACCUCGUGAAUGACAUGCCGGGCAGCCGGGGAGUUCGGGGAAGGCUGGCGUCGGCGAAUGUGGUGGUGCAACAGGAGAUGUCCUGCUCCACAUGCGUGAGGCCGUUUUAUGCAGGUGCGGCCUGUCCAGACUCUCAGUCGCCGUUUCUCUGCAUGGCAGGUGCAUCUCCAGCCGACGCCAGUUUCUUCUCGCUCACAGCAACACACACCAUCUGCACAACGCACACUCUCUCGCGCGUGCAAGCACACGCCAUGCAUGGCAUCGACAUUGACCCAUUCGCCGAUCCAUGGCCCGUGGGCCAUAGCAGUGAUCCCCUCCUCCCCCACGUCCUCCCAUCCAUCAGCCCCUUCGGCUCUGCCAGACCGUUUUCUGUGAGAGAAAUGCAAGGAGAGGCGGAGGCGGCAGAGGAGGAGGAGCAGCCGCAGCAGGAGCAGGAGCAGGAGAUGGAGGAGGAGAGUCCCUUCUUUAGGCCUGCCAGAAGCUCUUUCCCUUUUGCGCCUUCUCCUCUGCUGCCUCCCUCUCACUGCAGUGCUGCUGCUUCUCUACAUCGCCGCCCACCUCCUUCCCCUCUUCCUCGUCUUCAUCCUCGUCGUGCAACCACGGGCUUAUUCACUCCCACAACUCUAGCUUCCCCACCCUCAGCUGCUGCUGAGAAUCCGUUCGCUUCACAUGUUUACCGCAGCCGCAUGUCUGGUGCAGCUGCUGAUGGUGGUGUUAGCACCACUGCCACCCCCGCUGCUGCCCCUGCCACCGCCAGUGCCGCCACUGCUGUUGCUGGUACAGCAGAAGUAGAUGGUGGGUCACUCUGGCACGAUCGGGGCACAGGUGCAAUGGAUGGAUCAGAUGCACCAGGUGGUGACGAUGCAGAUGCAGCGGACCAUAUGGAUGGGACAGGCGAGAUGGAAGGUGGAGGCGAUGGGUCUGAUGGGUCCAAUGGGGCAGGUGGCUCAGACAGGGCAGCUCGAAAUGAACGGGCUGGUUCUGCAGUGCAGGCAGAGGAUAUGGAGCAGGAUGAGGGGCUUGGAAGGGGAGGAUUCAAUCCACCAGGACGGCAGGGUCUUGUGUACAGGAUGCCGGUUGCUGGUCUGCCUCCUGGUAGGGGUUUGAAUGCUGGUGCUGCAGGGGCAGGACGAGCAACAGGAGCUGGCAGAGGGAGAGGGGUGGGUGGUGUUACCGGCACAGUGCGAGGGGAUCGCAAGAGAAAUCUGGCACGGGGGAGUGCGUUUUUCAGAGGGAAUGAUGCUGAGGGCUGUGAAGAUCGUGAUGCUCAGAAUGCGGGGAAUGCUGAGGGCUCUGAGGAUGGUGGUGGAGGCGAUGGGGAUGGAGAAGGGGAUCGUUGUGGUGGUGGUGGUGUAGAUAGAAACGAGUUGGGUGAUACAGGGGAUGAUGCUGCAGAGGAUGUGGACAUGAGGAGCAGGAGUAGCAGCAUGAGUGGACUAUCGUUUGCUACUGAUGUUUCGCAUGUGUUACGGUACUCAGCGGUGGGGAAGGAUGCGAUGGAAAAGUCCGUCGCGCGGCGCGUGCCGCGGCGAUGGCUGCUCGCCGCCCUCUUGCUUCUCCUGCUCCCCUCCUCUCUCCUCAUCCUCUCCCAUCACCUCCACCUCCUGCAUUCCCCCACCGCAUCUCACGCUCGCGUCUCCAGCCAACUCGCCUCUCCCCUCCCUCACCCCCCUGCCGAAACGCCUCAUAGUUUGACUUUCCCGCCACCCACUCCAACCACCGCAAGAACCGCUGUGAACAACCGCAUUGGCUGUCUCUACCGCCACCUCAUCCUCGCCGCGCUGCUCAACCGCACGCUGCUCGUCCCGGCCCGCUUCCCCUCCGUCACCCCCCUGCUCUGCCAGCGAGGGGCAUCCGGCCGUGCAUGCCCCUCCUAUCCGCUCCCCCUCUUCUGGGACCUCAACCACACAAGACGCUGCCUGGGUGCGGCGUCCGUAAUCAGAUCGGACGAAUUUGCCGCCCGGUUCGGCCGCCCGGUAGAGGUGAACCACAUGCGGUGCUGGCACGGGCCGGAGGGGCUCUGCCACCCAACGUAUCCCAUAGUGAAGAAGAACUGUCUAGUGGGCACGGCGCUGAGUUAUGUUGCUGAGAAUCUGCGGAAGAAGUUUGGCGGGCGGAGAAUGGCGAGCGAUGUCGUGCAUGCAAUGCUGCUCAACGGGUCGUCUCUGCAGUCGCACAGUGGUGUGUCUGAAGCUGAUGAGUCUUCAGAAGACACGGAGCGGUUAUCAUCGCGUUCCCUGUCGCCCGAGCCCACAACUGUGGGAGACCACCUGCUGCAGCUCACAGGGAGAACGCUCAAGCACUCUUCCUCGUCUUCUUCUUCACCCUCCUCCUCCUCCUCCUCCUCCUCCUCCUCCUCCUCCUCCUCCUCCUCCUCCUCCUCCUCCUCCUCCUCCUCCUCCUCCUCCUCCUCCUCCUCCUCCUCUUCGACCCCCGCCUCCUCCUCCUCGCUCCCCGUCCACCCCACGCGCAUCGACCCCAUCCGCAUGAUCAUGCUGCACCAGCCCGGCGCCGUCUCCAUCCCGCCCUCCGCCACCGCCUCUGCGCUCUGCCUGCCGCGCUUCGUGCAUGCCUCUGACGUUCUUCGUGCGUACGGCCCUCUAGGGGAGUCCGUGCGAGUGCUGGCUGUGGGGGAUCUGGUGGGGACGGCUGUGCUGGGCCUGCCUCACAGGUACGCGCUGCUGCAGCAGAGGGCGCGGAGGUGGGAGGAGAGCGGGGGAAAGCGGCAGGGUGGGGCAGGAAAAAGGGAGGGCAGGGGGUUGGGUGGGAGAGAGGGGCAAGUAGAAGAGAAGGGGUUUCAAGUGGAAGGCUCAUUUGCGGGUCAAGGCAGAGACGGAUCAUCUGACCUGGGGGAUGGAUAUUCCAGAGGGAGGAAACUUUGGCUGGAUAAGGAUUUCGUCCGCCCGCCCGGCGGCCGGUGGCUGGGGAGUUCGGGCAGCGGCGGGCUCCGUGAUUGGUUAAGCAUCUUUCAGUUCCUGCCCGGAUGCCGCAACACAGCGGCCAUCAUCCCGCCCCCGGCAGUCUUCCAGCGAGCUCGAGCCAUCAUCCGAUCCCUGUUUGGUGCUGAAGCAGUGGAUGCUGGUGCAUCUGGUAUGGGUGAUUCCGCAGAAUCGGGGACAGGUAAUUCUGGUGGUGACGGCCCAACAGGGGAGGUUGGAGCAGGGGAGGGUAAAGCAGGGGAAACUGGAGCAUCGACUGACGCUGACCUGCCUGUUCCGGCAAACCUGCCAGCGUUUUUGGCGGUGCACUGGCAGCGGGGCGACUUCCUGCAGUUCUGCGCGCGCUCAGGGCCGCCCGGCUUCUGCUUCUACUCGCCUGUGCAGGCCGCGCAGUGCGCUGCUGACGUGGCGCGCCGCAACGGGCUUGCGAAUGUCUACGUGGCGACGGAUGCUGAUGACAAGGAGUUCCAAGAGUUUCGAGAGACGUUGGGUCCAGAAUUCUCUGUGGCGAGACUCCCCUCUUCCCCAUCCCCUCUAUUGCCGGACCUGCAUCAAGACCCCUUGUUGGGCCUUAGGCAAGGGGCUUUUCUCAAGGAUGCAGCAAGCCUGCUGUACACCAUAUUAGAUAAGGUUAUCUGCGUUUAUUCUACUGUGUUUUUAGCCACACCAUCGUCAACGCUGUCAAAUGACGUUGCUCGUAUAAGGGAGGGGAUUGGCAUUCCUGCUGCAAUGGCUGCGGCUGCAGCUGUUGGAGCAGAGGAGGAAGCAGUGGGGGAGAGUGCAGAGGUGAGAAAAGGGGUUGAUUUUGGAGAGAGUACUGGAGUGGAGGAGGGAAGGGACGGUGCUCUUCAAAAGCACAAUGCAGCGGACCCCGAACCUCAUUCCGAUCCUGAGUCCGACCCGAGCCAUCACGGCCCGGAUACAGUAGUAGCAAAUUUUCAUGCCGCGGUGGAGAAAGGCUCAUUCGGAUCUGAGGGUGAGAGGGGGUCGCUGAGCGGUGGUGAGAGUGGGACGUGGCGUGGCAAACUGGUGUGGACGCCACAGCCCAACAGGUUCCUGCUCGCCGUCUGCCUGCGAGGUCAGGUGAACAACCGCAUUGGCUGUCUCUACCGCCACCUCGUCCUGGCAGCCCUCCUCAACCGCACGCUGCUCGUCCCCCCCGUGCUCCUCUCCACCUCCCUCGCCUACUGCAAGCACGGCCUCUCCGGCUCCCCCUGCCCCUCCGUCCCUCUCCCCCUCAUCUGGGACCUCGCCCACACGCGCACGUGUCUGGGCGGCGACACCGUCCUACGCACGGACGAGUUUGCCGCCCGGUUCGGCCGCCCGCUAGAGGUGCAUCACAUGCGGUGCUGGCACGGGCCGGAGGCGACGUGUCCAAUGAGCAAUCCUGGGCUGCUGAAGAACUGCUUGGUGAAUGACACGGCACAGGGGGGUGGAGGGGGGAGGAGGAGGCUGGCGGGGGUGGAUGGGAUGAGAAAGCUGUCUCGAGAGGGAGUGGGAAUGGGAAAGGUGGCGGCUGAUGCUGCCGAUGCUGUGAGAGGGUGGUUUGGAGGGAGAGCGAUGGCGUGGGUGAGAGGGAGCAGGAGAAGAAAGCUGCAGCAGCAGUGGACCCGGCAAGGCAGUCCCUCCAUCAACUGCUCCCCACCGCUCUACACGGUCCAGUCCUUCGCCGACUCGCCCCUCCAAACAUCCGCAGCCCACCUGCACUUGCUCCCCCACCAGCUCUCCCCAGAUGUGCAUAUCAGCGUUAAUGCCACGGCGUCAGCAGUGUGCUUCCCCCGCUUCGUGCACGUGCGCGACAUCCUCCGUGCCUAUGCUCCACUAUCAUCCUCCGUCCCUGUGCUUGCUGUGGGGGACCUGGUGUUCACCGCCUUUCUCGGCCUCUCAGACAGGUACGAGCCCUUCAAGGAGCGUCUGUUUCGGUACAAACGGUGGCGCGAGGGCGAGGAGGCUUCACAGGAAAGGAAGGGCACCUCGUUGAGCGAAUUUAAUGGCACGCUGGCGAGCAGCAGCAGUCAGGUGAUUCUGGAGUCUGACUUCCUUGGGCCAGCAGGGGGGCGGUGGCUUGGGAGUGCAGGAAAGGGGGGUCUGAGAGAAUGGAGGAGCAUGUUCCACUAUCUGCCGGGCUGCCCGGUUCCUUUGCCCAUUCUGCCGCCACGGGAGGUUAUUGAGGACUCUAGGCGGCUCGAGCAAGCCUUGUUUGAUGGUGGGGAGAGCGGUGCUGGAGGUAGCAGCGGGGGUGGGGGUGACAGGGGCAGGGAUAGCAGUUUCACGAAUGAUACACUUGCACCAGGGGCAGCAGGGGCAGGAGGGUCAGGAUGGGAGAAUCUCCCAGCCGUUUUACCUGCAGCAGCAGGCGGUGCAUCGGAGGGUGGGGGAGGGGGGUACCUGGCGGUGCACUGGCGGCGCAGUGACUUCAAGGACUACUGUGUGUGGUCGGGGCCUUCUGGCUUCUGCUUCUACUCCGCACAACAGGCUGGCAAGUGCGCUGCUGACGUGGCACGGCGGAACGGGCUGAGCAGUAUUUAUGUUGCUUCUGACGCCAACGUGGAGCAGAGGCUUCCCCUUUCUCACCCUCCUCCCAUCCCUCUGCCAUCCCCAAUCCUCCAUUUCUCUACCACUCCACAGUUUGAAGAGUUUCAAAAGGCUGCAGGCUCCUCAUUCAAGGUCAUUCGCUACCCCGACAAUCCAUCAGCCUUCCUCUCAUCCUUCUCCUCAGACCCGCUCAUUUCCAGCCUCCCUGCCUCCAUAGAUCGAGAGGAAGCUUCUCUGCUCCUGCACAUGCUCCUUGACAAGCUUAUCUGUGUACGCGCUACAGUGUUCCUCGCCACCAUGUCAUCGACUCUAUCCAAUGACGUCGCUAGAAUGCGUGAGGGGUUCGGCGUGCCAGCAGCCUUAACAGCUGCUGCUGAUCCUGGUGCUGGCAAUGCUAGGAAAAUGGCUGCAACCAAUGAUGCACCAGGUGACGUUGGUUUGGAAUUUGUGGUGAGCUCGGGUGUAGAGGAACUGAGAGAUGGUGGGCUGUGUGAAGGGGAGAAGGUAUGGCAUCCCCUUGAAGGGUUGUUUGGGUGGAUGAAGGACAUGAAAGCCAAGAGAAUGGUUGAGCAUUCAGCAGGUGAGUGGCGGAGAUGA